UGGAAUUCAGUACGUUGGAGUAAAUUGCGUACAAACGAGAGCGGAGAAAACCGAAAAAGCCAUGGAAGUCGUUUUUACACGUCGUUGGCCUCUUCUGUAGCUAAAGAUUAUGCUCAUCACACUUCUUAUCCAACAUCACAUCAGAGACAUUUCGGGUCACAACCUCGUUUUACUAAUAACAUGGAAUUCAGGAGCUCUAAUCCAUCUGUAAAAGAACGUUCUGCGAAGUUCAGAGAUUCCUUAACAUCAACUAUGAGUAAUCAAUUAACAAGUCGAACAUCAUCUCGACCUUCUUGGCUUUCUGAUGCUUAAUGGACGCCAUCCUCAGCGUCAACAUCACGAACAAAUCAAUCAUCAGUACGAAACACAUCAUCAACACCUCUGACAUCAUUUCGAGAAAAAGCAUUAUCCAUAGAUGCGCCACAAAUGAUCAAAAGCAGUAGUAAUAGCAGUUACAAUACGCUUAAAACGGAGCGUCCUUGGCGCCAGCGUAUGGCUGACUCAGCGCGUUUACGUAAUGUUCAGGGAAAUGAAGCGAGUGAAACAAUGCACUCAACACUUACCGCAGCACGAGUACGUCGUAACAAUAUUAGCAGUCAGCGUAAUGGUAGAAGUAACAGUGGGGAUGAUUUACGCAACUCAAUUAAUGCACUGAAAAAUUUAAUUGAUGAUCGAACUACGGGAUUAUUUCGACGCAACAAUCGACUUCCAUCACGCGAAUCUUCUUCAACCUUUUCCGAUAAAUAUUCAGUGAAAAAUCUGCUUUCAUCCACUAAUCAAUACGUUCCCAUGCGUGACUUAUACUCAUCUCGGAUGAAUGCAUUGGAGUUCGCGGGAUGCAUAUCCAGCGAUUUGAUAGCGAAACCUUUGCGUUUUCCGGAACAGUCCAAUACUAAUAAUUUGUAUGAAUACGCCAAAGAAUUUGUAUUAUCUAAAUUGCCUUUAAACUCACACACAUCUGAAAAUAGCCGUGGACGUGAAUCAAGCCGUCGACUAUUAUCGAGCAGAGAACGAACAAUGCGUCAUCAUUCACGAAAUCAAGUGCUAGCAGAUUCAGAUUCUUCCUCCGGAAACGAGGAACGGACUGGAUCACGUGAGAGACCAUUACGGAGGCGUAUGAGAAAAAAAUUGAAAGAUGAAGAAAAAUUGAGAGAAAAAUUGCCGCCGCCAACAACAUUGGGAAUAGAAAAAAUUGAUGCAGAUUUUGGGAAGAAGAAAAAAGAGAUAGAAGAAGAAGAAGAAGAAGACAGAAUGAAGAAUUUGCACAUGGAAUAUAGUCAAGUCUUGGACAAUUCUGAAACGUCAUCAUCGAUGGCUAUUUUGACGACAUUAUGCUCAUCAGAAGAAGAAGAAAGCAAACCAACAAAAUCUGAAAAAGGUAAAGAGAAUUCACUUUCAAUUACAAACAGUAAUGUAAGGAAAAAAUUUGAUCUAUCAGAGUAUUUGAGUACUCGUAAAGAGUCAACUUUUUGGAGAGAUAUUUGA